AUGCUGAAGCGCGUCGGUGACAAGACAACCCAGACGGAGGGAGGAGACCCCGUGGGGAGCCGGACCACCUCGCCGGCGUCCAGCAAACCCUCUGGUGAGGACGCCCCAGGGAAAGACUGGUUUGUUGUGGAAAAUAUAAAACUCAGAAAACAAAUAAAAAGUCUCAAGGGGGAAUAUGAAAAGGUGAACAGGAACCUCAGAAUCAGGUGCCAGCUCCUCCAAAACAAGCAGCAAAUCAUCCCUAGUGACAACUUCUACCUACAGCUGGAUAAAAUCCUGCGCAGGAAACGAAAAGGAAGGAAGUACAAAAAUAACGCCACCCAAACGGACAUAACUUUCAUGAGCCCCUUCUUCCCCAACUGGGAAAGUUACUUCGAAGACUCCGCCGUGAACAGAAUUUCCAGCGAUGGCGAAGUAGAAGUGCUCAAGAAAAAAAGAAUCACAAAAAGGGUUAGCGAGAUUAGAUACGAUUAUAGCUGUACGAAUGAGAUGCCCAGGUGGUCGGGUGAGCAAAGUGCAAACCAAAGCGGCAACCAGACUGCCCAACGAAGGAAGUACCCCCCGUGCGGAAAAGCGCGCCCGGCGCCUCCUACCCAACCAAGCAUAAACGUUUUCAAAGUUCCUAACCACCUGAUUCACAAGGACAACGUACUCUACAGCCUCUACACAGAUAACGAAUUAAUUUUCAUAAAAGAAAUAGCAGAGGAUUUGGUCCCAAAGGGGGGGGAGACGAGGGACACUGUAAAGACAGACAACAAAGGAACGGAUAAAUCAUCCCCUGUUGGGAGAUCACAUGAGAGGAAUGCAACAGAACAGCGGAUUUCCGAAGGAAAAGUUGUACAAGCUAAAUCCACUCCGAUGGGAAAUCCCACAGAAAGGGAAAAGUUAGACGACCUGCUUACACAUAUGAAGAAGGAAGAAAUACCCCAAGUGGAUGACAACAACAGUAGCGCUGUCGUCCUCUCUCAGGAUGAGGAAAGAACGAAUGAAGGAACUGUUCAUGACGGGGUGCAGACUCCGAAGGGGAGGAACACACACGGGAAUACAUGUAACAGAAGCGACGCAAACAAAGGGACGAAAGAACAUCCAGACGAAACAGACCAAGUCAUAGCAAAAGGGGAGAAGUACAUCGACUUUCUUUUAAAACAUGAGAGGGGGUGCACAUCCCCAGAGAGCAGUGGAACUACGUCAACCCCCCAAGAAGACGACACCCCACAAGGGGGAGCUUCCCAUUCGAAACGUUCACCAAAAUGGAGAGAAGUACCCACGUCUGAGGAAUCUAUGCAGAGUGCUAAAUUUUUCUCAUUGCGUAGAAAAAAAAAAGAGGCGCCAACCAGUUGGCAGAUGGGCGUUGCAAAGCGGUCUCCAAUCCACUUGGGGGGAACCACCACAAAAACAGAACAUACAAGGGACAAUGCAACCACUCCUCCGUAUAAUAAUAAUCCCCCGUUUGAACAAAAAAAUGGGAAAAAGAAAAACAAACGAAGUAAACAAAUCAGACAGUGUUAUUCUUCCCCAUUGUCGACUGAAGAAAUAACUUCCCAAAUGGAGCCUUCCCAAUGGAACAACCCCUUUAGGGGUGAAGCGCAACGUAGUAGUGACACCCCCUGGGUGGGCAAAACCUCCUACCCUUUUGUAAAAUCUGAUGCGGAUUCGUACAGCGGCGAAGAGACAUGGUCACCACAUGGGGCAGCCCCUAAAAAGGGACUCCUCCCUCCCCUCUGGGAUUCAGAACAUGAGGGACCUACUACCCCUCCCAUUGAGGGAUGUCACCACAAAAUCUCACUUAGCGAUGCGGAAAAGAGUGCCAACGAAAUAAGGAAAAUUUCCUUGGAGCAUAAGAAGCGGGCCUACCUCUUCUACAUGUGA